CUGAACUAUGUAGCAAAGUUUCUCAUUUGGCCUGGAGGCCGGUUUGACCGUUAAAUCAGACGGUCAAACUUGUUGACCGUUAGUCAAUGCCCACCUCACCUUCCACGUCAGCUUUGAGGACAUAAUUUUUUUUUUAUUUCUGAUUUUUGUUUUCUUGUCAUUUGCUAAAAAUGGGUCCUUUUUCGUUCUUUUAAUUAAUUUUUUUAUUUAUUAUUUUUAUUAAUCGAAAGAAAACAAAAUUCAGAAAUUAAAAAAAAAAUUAUGUCCUCAAAGCGGACGUGGCAGGUGAGGUGGACAUUGACUAACGGUCAACAAGUUUGACCGUCUAAUUUGACGGUCAAACCCGCCUCCAGGCCAAAUGAGGAAGUUUGUUACAUAGUUCAGGCCAGAAUAGCAAUUUUCAAUACCACGGACCAAAGUAGAAAGUAUGUGUAUAGUUCAGGCCAAAUUAAGGUAUUAACCCUAAAAAAUAUCAUGUCAAACAGUACCCUUUAACUAUUAAACGAGAAGCUACUCAAGCUCUUGUAUGACAUACAAUGUUUCUCAAUAUGAUUUGUAAUGUCGGUUAGUUUGAUGAUUAUAGUAAAGAUUCCAUAUUUAACAUGAAUAAACAUUGGGAUGCUUGCUGUUUGUAGUCACAUUUGCGGGUAUGAUUUGUAAUGUUUCUCCGAUAUAUAUAUGGUUUAUAGUGCAAGUUGUUUUUAUGAUUUGUAAUUAUUAAAUAUGUUAUUAUUGAAUAUUAAUAUAUUAUGCUGAUCAUGAUUUAUAGCCUUUGUAUAGAUGAUAUAUAGUGUUGUUUAGUUUAACUUGUAAGUUUUUUCUCAACCUGAGUUACAAUGUCAAUCUAAUCCAUAUAAUGUAUGAUUAUUACUAACUUAGACUUAGAGUUUCUGAACUGGAAAAACCCAUCAUGCAUAAUAGAGCUACAAGGUUAUUUGGUUUGGUACAAUUCUUUUUCAUUAGAUACACCAACUCUUUGAGUUUAAUGUGUACCAAACCUCACCUCUCGGUCUCGGGUGGCGCUUAAUUGUUGUAUUUCGUAGGGCAUGACUUUUUUCUGGGUGAACUCUAAAUACAGUGUACAGAAGGAUAUAUAGAUUUAAGUUAUUAAUUAACUAUAUAUAUAAAAAAAGAUAACAUAUUGAAAACUUGAAAUAAAAAACCGAAAGUGACUUGAGAGAGAAGAGAUGACCAGACGACAACCAUUGUUAGAGUCCACACGGUCGACAAACAAGUGUGUAUGUGUGUAAGAGAUAUUAGUUCUCUCAAGGAAACAGUAGCGUCCAUAGCUUAGCUGUUCCAUGAUAUAAAUUAAUUAUAAAUCAAACACAAUCCAAAUUAUUGGUCAAAUAAUUUAUAGCCUUUGACUUUUUCCCAAAGUCAUUAACAAAAACUAUAAAGAAAAUAAAAGGGGGCAAAAUAAUCCGAAACCAGCCAAAAAACGACCCCUUAACCUCACGUACAAAUGGGGAAGGAUCUGACUUUCAAACCUUUCUCCCCGCCGCAGCCUUUGAUCCCUCUCCUAUAUAUAAAUCCCCACAACUCCCACAGCCUUUCCCCAUUGGCCUUUCCCUCCUUUUACUAAGUCAGCGCAUUAAUCAAAAAUCUUAAUCUCUUCCCCUUAAUUCUAUGGGCGAGUUUGCAUUCAUGGCGGAUUGGGAUCUGGACGCCGUGGUCAGAGGCGGCAGCAGCUGCAGCCAUAUAAUAAACGCCCCCGCCGCAGCAGAUCAGAUUCAGCCUUCUUCCUUCAACUUCGACUUCGACAGCUUCCACGACGAACCAUUUCCUUUUGCUUCUUCUUCUUCUUCGAUGGAACAAGUGAUUAUUGAUGAUGAUUAUACCGAUUUGGAUGGGUUGCUGGAAGGGCUUUACCAGCCCUUUUGUUGUAACCAACCGUUGAGUAUCCUCACCACCACCAACGCCGCCAUGGUUGCUCCUCCUCCACCAGCCUCCGCCGCCGCAGCCAUCUGCAGACCAGAACAACCGUCGGCAAAGCUUCCAACUGUAGUUUCCGAUCUGUCGUCUGCUUCUUCUUCUUCUACGGCCGCUCAAAGUAGCUCCGCAGUCAAAUUGCGGAAAAGGAGGAAUCAGCAGAAGAGAGUUGUUCAACAAGUAAGGGAAGAAGGGAUUUCGUCGGAUAAAUGGGCUUGGCGUAAAUACGGGCAGAAACCCAUCAAAGGAUCGCCUUACCCUAGGAGUUACUAUAGGUGCAGCAGCUUGAAAGGCUGCCCGGCGAGGAAACAAGUGGAGAGAAGCACCGCCGACCCUUCGGUCUUCAUCAUAACAUACACGUCGGAGCACAGCCACGCGCAUCCCACGCGCAGGAACUCACUCGCCGGCAGCACCCGGGUGAAGAAUUCCAUCUCCGUCGUCGCUAAUGGUGAGGGAGCUUCUGCCACGGCCUCUGUCAAAGGCGACGAGCACUACUCUCCUUCCGUAGCUGAAGACGAGCUGAUGAUGGUGAAGGAGGAAGAUGAAGGUGGAGUGCUCUUCCAGGAUGUGUAUCAGAGUAGCAGCAACGAUGAAUUCGUCGGCUCCGGCGAUUUAAGUUUUAGCGACGCAUUGUAUCCGGGCGGUGAGGGUUUAGAUGUUGACAGGAUGUUUCUGAAUCCAUGGUAAUUAACGAAAACUGUACUUUUCUUUGUUUUACCUCAUUAAUCCAUUUUUGCUAUCUGUCAUAAUUUCAAGGCUUUGUAUAGUUGAAGAUCCCCAUUCCAAUUAAGUGUGCCAAGAUGCAUGCCACACAUAUAAGUUAGGCCAUAUGUUGUAUGUAGUUUUCAGGAGUAAAGAGUAAAUGUAGAUCUAUAUAUGAAUUAGCAUUGUUGUAAUAUUGUUUCUAACCAUACAAUAUUACAAAAAUUGGAUUGGGAGUAAAUUUGGUGAUUUCUCUCUUCAUAAGAAUUGAUUUAUUCCAAUCACCCAAAUUGUUUAAAAGGUAUUGUAAAUUAGAUCCUGUAUUAUUUUCACAUAUCAGUCGUUAAUUUAACUUGAAAUUUUCAUAUGUGCAGCAUACUAGUACUUUAUGUUAAAAUAAAACAUUAGUACAUAUAACAUUUACUAGCUCGAAAGUCAGAAACUGAAAAACAAAACCUAUUCAACGAAAAAACCCUAUUUUAUUAGGUAAGAUUCUUAUUUCAUGUAAAAAAUGAAUUCAUUCUAGUAACUAAAAAAACUUGCAUCCACAAAACCUAAACCGCCCAAAGGGGUAGGAUAGUAUGCUAACCCCUAAAGGGGUAGUGAUUUUUGACACCCCCUUUAUGAUUGGCCAAUUUUAUUUCUAAUCAUUGGCAAGUAUUAAUUAAACUGGUUUUUUAUUUUUUUUAAUCUUGUAAUUUGGGGUCUCUCACCACAUUGGAAAAGAGAAAGAAUCUGGGGAAAAACGAAAUCACCCCCAUUAAUUACAUAAUUAAUUUCUCUCACUGGUACAUUAAUUACACGUACCACUCUACUGGUACACGUACCACUCCACUGGUACACGUACCACUCCACUGGUACACGUACCACUCCACUGGUACACGUACCACUCCACUGGUACACGUACCACUCCACUGGUACACGUACCACUCCACUGGUGCGAGCAAUCCACAAGGUAGGUUAGAGUGAGAACAAUACCAGUGCAAUGAUAUUUUUCAUAACAAUGAUAAACAAUAACGGAGCAACAAUGCAGUACCACUUCAAUGAUACAAAUACCACUCCACUGGUACACGUACCACUCCACUGGUACGUGUACCAGUAGAGUGGUACGUGUAAUUAAUGUACCAGUGAGAGAAAUUAAUUAUGUAAUUAAUGGGGGUGAUUUCGUUUUUCCCCAGAUUCUUUCUCUUUUCCAAUGUGGUGAGAGACCCCAAAUUACAAGAUUAAAAAAAAUAAAAAACCAGUUUAAUUAAUACUUGCCAAUGAUUGGAAAUAAAAUUGGCCAAUCAUAAAGGGGGUGUCAAAAAUCACUACCCCUUUAGGGGUAGUCAAGCUAACCGAUCCCUUACCACAAUGUUUGCUAAAUUGGGGGGAAAAUCGAUGUAUGGGGAUCGUGCAUAAUCAACAUAAUCAUUUUGGGAAUUCCAACAAACGGUCUCAUUUGUUAUAAAAAAUCGACUUGAUUAAAUGUUUUUAAGUCUAAAGCAACUAUUAAUAGAGAUGAAACAAGCUUUGGAAGAAGAGUGUCAUAGCAUAGUGAUCAUAAGUUCAUAACUAGUUAGAUUGAUCUUAAGUAUCUAAACUAGUUAAGUCCUUACUUUUGGACUAAUUAAAUAUUAGGGUAUGCCUACUAUGACAUACAUGUCACCGUGACAUGGACUUUUCGGUCGACCUAAUCCUGAAGGCGGUCGACCAAAUUGACUAAUUUGGGCAGCACGAGAAAGCAUUGCGGUCGACCUCAAAGACCACCUGGUCGACCGUUCUUAGUUUAAGUUUUUAUUUUUGGUUGACCAGAAUAAACCUCGGUCGGCCAUUUCGUUGGCGUCAGAAACAACAUGGUCGACCAGAUAAAGAAAGAGGUCGACCAGAUAGACGAUAAGUGUUCUAUCAAUUUAUCCAAUCAUUUGACGUAGAAUGAAGAUCAAGUGUUGGUGUCGAGGUCGACCGAAUACAAGAAAGUCAACCUAUGCCCCGUGUCUUUUUUUGCUUAUGUAUGUCGAUUGUGUGGUUCUUUUGCUCGUCUAAAUUACGCUUUAAACCAUCAUAACUAGUCAUAAAUAAUGAUAAUAAGGACUCAUCAAUUAUGCUAUGAAUUGAGGUCGACCGCCUUUAGGAUUAGGUCGACCGCAAUGCUUUCUCGUGCUGCCCAAAUUAGUCAAUUCGGUCGACCGCCUUUAGAAUUAGGUCGACCGAAAAGCAUGUCACCGUAGCAAAAUCCUAAAUAUUAUAGCGAGAUUAAAAGGAAAUGAGAUGCACAUUCCCGAAAAAAACUCAACAGUUUUUCCGGUGAAAAUACGGAAACAAUAAAUUAUUCUUCGACAAGAUUCACAUGUUGUAUUUAUUGUGUAUGGAUAUAUAUAAAAAAAUAAAUGUAAUGGAAAUUAAGUAUAUUUUUUACGCGACAAUUUCUUGUAAAAGAGGUAGAAUGUCGUCGUUUGAGUGCUGUUAACACAUGGGGGAUGACGGGAUCUCCUGUUUUUGAGUAAUGAUGAUAAUAAUGGAUCAACUGGUUACGAGGCGUAGAUUAUUCAAAGCCAAGUUGCGCAUUUCUACAAUAUAAAUUAACGAUUUGUUGGGUAUAAAUAUGGUGUAAUAAUAAAUAAAAUCAAGGUGUGAAAAGAGAUCCAGCCAGCCCGUUCCAAGCUCACCGCCUAACUGUGGGGAAAAGGGACAGUGAGCGAUGGUGCAAUAUUUUUUAAUAAUGGAGGAAAAGGAUGAGCCCCCUACACCUACUUGAUUAAUUAGUUUAUACAAAUAAUAAUAUCAUCGAAACCUAACAUUUUGCCUCCAAAUUCAAUUCCCGGCAAAGUCCCUUUGCUUCAAGCAACGAAAUUAAAUGCCCAUUUCAGGACUCACUUGACUUUGUCUCUGUAAUGGGAGCACACUUGUAAGUUAUUAAUGUAAAUGGCAUAUGUAAUGCGGUUCCAAUAUAUUUUAUAUACUUUGGAAACCAAAUUUAUAGUUUUUGUUCCAGAUCUAGGUAGUAUAGUAUUGUUUGGGAUAACAAGUUGGUUCGGUUCAUAUGACAGAAAUAUGAAUCAAAGAGUUCGUAUGAAAAGAACGCAAAUGGGUAGAGCCAGUGACGAAGUCAGAAAUCUGAAUUAAAGAGGGCUAAAAAUUCACGUUCAAGGGGAGGGGCUAAAGCCAUACUACAUAUUCUAUUUUUCAAAUUCAUCACAAAAUAUGUAGACGCAAAUUUACACAAUUUUAAAAGUUGAGGGGGAGGGGUGCUAUAGCCCGUCCUGGCUAUAACGUGACUCCGCCACUAGGUAGAGCCACUGGCGGAUUCAGGGGGUGGCCACCUCGGCCCCGGCCCAGCCCUCCUCUGGAUCAGUAGUUAGUAUAGUACUUAUGAAAAUUUUGAUUUUAGACAUUCGACCCAGUGUUAUUUUACGAUAUGAUUGGGUUUAACUAGAAAAAUUAUCAAGUUGAACAUAUUCAAAUCACUACUCUACAUUUAGCCUAGAAAUUUUAGCCCCAAAGAUUAUGCAUCUAAAAAAACAAAUAAACCUAAAAUUCUAAAAAGUUUAAAACGUAAAAGACUAAAAGAAAUAUGAGGUUUGUUCCCUUAAAAAUUUACUAGAGUAGCUGGUGUGCAGGGAUGAACACACGGUGCAAAUUGAUUAGUCGAUUGAUUUAUCUAUUGUUGAUGCUGCUCGUUUCAACAGCUACUACGAAGAGAACCUUUUCAACAAUGAAACAUGUGAGAACUAAUUUGCUCAACAAAAUGAGCGAUGAAUUUCUCGCCGAUUGCUCAAGUAUUUUAUUUGAAACAGUGUAUACUAUUGGUAUGGAUGUAGACUCCUUGAUGCAUUCCCUAAAUUAAAAUACAGUCGUGUACCAUUUACAUUGCUAAAAACUAUAAUCAUUAUAUUUUUUUUACGGUUCUAAUUUUCUAAUGAAAUGCGGCCCAGUGCUCUUCUGUGUUCUGGAUCCGCCGCUGGGUAGAGCCCAUCAAAGUUAAAAGUUGAGUGAAACUCUGAGAGAUUCAUUAGAAAACUGAUCAAUGUUAAAAAAAAUCAUAAUAUUUCAAAGUUGAGAUGAAUUUCUAGGCAUCCUAGCUCAAUAGUGACUAGCAAGGGUAGUCACCUUAACUCUAAGACCUAAAAACCUAAGACCAUUUACUCGAUUCCAGACCUAGCAUUUACUGUUAACACUAUGUUUCCUGACACAUCGUCGUAUAUUUCUUAAGUGACAGGGACGAUGAUAAUCUACUCAUCUUGUAUAAUCAAUUUAGUAUAGCAAA